AGCAUGCGUCACGAGUGCGAAACCUUCCACAGAGUUCUCGGGAUCCUAAAGCGGAUCCUUAGCUGGAAUCGGCGAAGAGCAUCCCCCACCACGUUUGGAUGUCGUUUCUAGAGAUCAAUGGAAGGGUAUUGUUGUAUUUUGAGGUAGCGAGGAAGUCAGCAGCAGGUGCAUGUGAAUGGCGGUAAAAGUCAAACAAAGUUUUCUCCAUAUGGCAAUCGCGCUGGUGGACUGCUAUGUCUCGAGUUAAGCGUGUAGCUAAAAAAUGAACUUUACCCGAAAGUUCUACUUGGAGUGUCGGGUCGAGUGAAUUUAGAAAGAAGAGACAGAAGACAGAAGAGAACAUGGAAAAGAACAAGACGACCGGCGGGACUAGCUCCUAUGGCGGCACAGCCAAAGACCGAGUGAACAGGGUGGAUCCCUAUGGCUUUGAGCGCCCAGAAGACUUUGACUACGAGUCAUAUGAAGAGUUGAUGUCCAGGUAUCUUGUUGUGCUCACCCAAAGGUCCAUUAAGUGGUCCAAACUACUGAAGGGCAAAAACAAGGUGCAGAGAAAUGUAAAACUAAAGCGUUACAUCCGCAAAGGGGUACCCAAUGAGCACCGAGCCCUCAUCUGGAUGGCAACUAGUGGGGCUCAAGACCAGCUGGAGAAGAACGCAGGCUACUACCAGUCCCUGCUUGUAGCUCAGCAUGACCCCAAACUGGUAGAGAGCAUCUCCACAGACUUGAAUAGAACAUUUCCAGACAAUGUACAGUUUCAAAAGACGUCCAACCCGUGUCUGCAGAAGGCGUUGUGCAAUGUGCUGCGGGCUUAUGGUCACCACAAUCCCACUGUGGGUUACUGUCAGGGCAUGAAUUUUAUAGCUGGCUUUCUACUGAUCAUAACAAAAGAUGAAGAGAAGUCUUUUUGGCUGAUGGAUGCACUCCUUGGAAAAAUCUUACCAGACUACUACAGUCCAGCCAUGCUCGGGUUAAAGACAGACCAGGAAGUGUUGGGGGAGCUGGUGAAGGUCAAGUCCCCCAGAGUGUGGAAGACCAUGAUGGAUCACAACGUAAUGUGGACCCUGGUGGUGUCUCGGUGGUUCAUCUGUCUCUACAUAGACAUUCUGCCAGUGGAGACAGUUCUACGAAUUUGGGAUUGCCUGUUCUAUGAGGGCUCUAAAAUCCUGUACCGUGUUGCUCUGACACUGAUCCACCACCACAGAGUUCUGAUUCAGCAAGCCCAGUCCCUGCAAGAUGUAUGCCAAGUUUUCAAACAGAUCACACAUGGACCGUUUGUGGAGGAAUGUCACACAUUCAUGCAGAAAAUCUUCACUGAACCUGGAAGUAUUUCCAUUGCAACACUGACCAAACUCCGAGCGGCAUGUCGAGCUCGUAUCAUUGCUCAGGAGGCAAACUGACAGUUUUUUGGUGCUCAUGCUCUUUAAACAUUCCAUGGGAGGAAGAACCAGCUCUUUGCACCGUGCCCUCCUUGUGUAGGUCUCAACAUUGUCACACAUCAACAUGAAUGUAAAAAUAUGAUCAUGUGAUGUUUAUAGCUAUGAGAAAGGAGCAGAAUUGUUUACACUUUUUAGUUGGCAUUUUCCUCUUUAAUAUGUGGUUAGGCACUUUACUAGAGAAUAGAUGUAGCAGAUGCCAGGUCACAUCAAUUUUGUACACUGUAAGCACAACCACCAGACCUGCUGUAUUUUUGCCAUCCUGAAUGUUAUCAGUACAUGUGCAACAUGAAUAUGUACAUGUAAUAACAUGAGCCAACAUUUCAACAUGUUGGUGUUGCAUAACUAAACUGCAUUUGCAAAUGAUUCCAGUGUUUCGUUUGUGAUUUUCAAGUCAGAUAUUGUCAAGUAACCUCAGUGCUCUAAUAAAACCACUCUUGCACAAUAUAUUCAAAUCACCACCAAA